UUAUGGCUGGGAUGUUGUUUGUUCAGUGAUAAGCCAUCAUCACUGCGGGCCCCAGACCAGUCCCCUGGCAUCAGCCAACCCAGAGCUGUUAAAACUCUCCUCUUCUUUUCUUUCCUUUUCUUUCUCUCUCUGUCUAUUCCAAGUAGGCACCGCCAAUGCCAUGGAGACCUCUGCAUCCUGCCACUGUCCUUUGAGGAAAACAACUGGAGAAUCCAGAGAGAAGAAAACAAUGAUGUUCAAAGAGUUCACCAAAGGAUUCUCUCAACUUGCCCUGAGAUCAUCUCUCCGAAGGAGACUUGGACGAUACAACAAUGAAACCAGCAUUAGGCCACUGAAUCUCACAAGGAGUCUGGCAGUGUCGGACGGAGAGCUGAAUGUGGUACCAGAGGAACGUGGAGCCAGUGUGGGCCUGUGUUCCAGCAGUAACUCCAGUCUCCCCACCGUGCCCAGUGAUGGAGCCAGUGGUGUGGGGAAGGUGGCCAGCUGGGCUGUGAGCUUUGAGAGGCUACUACAGGACCCAACUGGUGUCCUCUACUUCACGGCUUUCCUGAAGUCGGAGGUCAGUGCUGAGAACAUCUUAUUUUGGCAGGCAUGUGAAAAGUUCAGACAGAUCCCAGCCAAUCAGAAAGAGAAGUUAAACCAGGAGGCUCGCUCCAUCUACAGCAGUUACCUCUCAGGCAGUGCCUCCCAUCCCAUCAACAUUGAUGACAAAGUCCGCAUCGAGGAGUGGGAAGUGAGAAACCCUCACCCUGACAUGUAUCAGAAGGCUCAACAACAGAUCUUCAAGCUGAUGAAGUUUGACAGCUACACACGCUUUGUUCGCUCCCAGCUCUAUCAGAGCUGCAUGUUGGCCAAUGUGGAGGGCAGGCCUCUACCUGAGCUGGGCCCCCGCUCGAAGAGCACAGCAACCAGAAAGACUGCCGGGACUGACAUCCCCUCUCAUAGUGACAGACCCAAGGCUGACCAGAAACCCAAAGAGAAACCAAAGGUCAAACCAGGAAAGUCUCUACCUUUGGAUUUGGACGAGGGAGCAGAAAAGAGGAAAGGAGCCCCACAGAACAAGCUGACCAGAGAGAAAGGACAGGAAAAGAGGGGAUCAUGGGGAGCUGAGCUUGCUGACCAUGCUGCAGUCUUACAGAGCACAGCCAGUUCGGGAUCCCUCCUCAAAGCAGCAGAGAAGUUGGAGAAGGAGCGUUGGCGUGCGGGCCAGGCAGAGAAGUACUGUUGUGUGUUCCUACCUGACGGCACUGCAUCCCUGGCUCCAGCCCGACCUGGCCUCUCUAUCCGCACUAUGCUCACUGGGCUCUGUGAGAAGAGAGGCCUCCCCCUCUCGGAUGUCAUAAUCUACCUGCAGGGCAAGGACAAGAAACCACUCUCUCUGGAUCAGGACAGCUCAGUUCUGAAGGAGCAGCAGGUCUUCCUGGAGCUCAGAGUGACAUUUGUGGUGGAGAUAGUGUCCACAGGGAAGACAGUGGGUAUUGUGGUAAAGUCCAGCAAGUCUCUACAGGAAGCACUGACCCCAGUGCUCCAGAAGCAACGUCUGCGACCACAGGACGUCAUAGUCACCAUGAGUGGGAGCAAAGAGUCCCUAAGCAUGAGCACGGCCGUAACCUCCCUGGCCGACAAAAAGAUAACACUGGACAGAGUGAAAGGUACUGAGCAGAGCAGCAGCUCAAUGGUGUGUGGUAGCUCCUCGGGCCCUGUGUUUCAGGGAAGAAGAUCAGCUGUUGUAGAGAUGGAUACUAGCUCCCUCUUUAGUGCUGACAGAGUCCGGACCAACACCAGGCUGAGAAACCCUGCCGCUAGAAGAACCUAUGACAUGGAUGGUCUGAUGGAACUUCUGUCCAGAGCCCAGUGCUGCAGUGUGGACGAUCAGAGAGGCCUGCUGAAGAAGGAGCAGCUGUGGCUUCCUCAGUUCCUACAGCUCCCUCUGGCUGAGGCGCACGAGGAGCAGGACCAGGAGGAGGAGCAGGGGAAAAGAGGAGGAAUGGGGGGACUGCGGGGUCCGGAUGGACUAGGGCUCACCGAGACAGAGCUGGGGCCAUCUCCUGUCCACUUCCAUGCCUUCCCUGAGCCCUUUCAGCUUCCCUCUGGGCCUCCACUGCAGUUUUCAGACACAGGAGAGGGAGGGGAGGAGCAGACCAGACCACCCUCCUCAGACAGCCAGCUCUCAGACCCUGACCCUGGCCGCGAGACUGUGGUGUGACCGAGGGAAAAGAGAAAUGCUGUGGAUGAAUGGAUUAUGAAUUAGCCUGGGUACAAGUCUGUUUAGCUAACAUUCCUCUGUCAUUGCUAAACAGACUGGUACCCAGGCUAGUUAGGAAUGGGUGUUUUACCUUAUUUAUUAAGCUGGAUUACAGUACUGUGCCUUCGAUUGCCUCAUGUUGUUUACCUGACCUUUGGUGUGAACUGACAUUUUCACUUUGCUUAAAGGCUCAGUGCAGUCAGAAAUGUGAUUGUCCUGUGUUUUAUAUGUAUUUCCACAUGAUGAAGUUGGAAUAAUACUGUGAAAUUGUGAAAAUUAUGAUACUGCCCUUUUAGUGUAAGAGCUGUCUGAAAAUACCUGAAAUUUCUGCCUGUUUAGGUGGGAUGGAAUGUUGGCCAUCCAUGGUGACAUCACCAUGCAGUAAAUGAGUUAAUAGACCAAUAAGAAAGAGUUCCAAACCUCUCUGCCAAUAACAGCAAAUGUUCGAUUUUCCCCUCCCCACUCAUACCACUUCCAGACAGUCUUAGCUAAAUUCUUGCUUGAGAAAUGACUCCUUUGUAAGAAGCUAUUUUUGUUUCUUUUUUUACCAUUUUAACUGAAAACAAUCACAGUAAUGAACUUAACUGUUACCACCCAAAAUGAUUUGAUAUAAACAUGUUUGCAUCGGACCUUUAAAUGCACAGUAUAAAUGGUUACCUAUAGUGUCUGGAUGUUUUUACUGUUGCUCUGCUGUUUAUUUUGCCUGGGAGAUAAUACAUUGAUGUGUUGAUAACCUA